AACCAUGUUGAUCUUUUCGACUUGAAUCUUACUGCUGACCUAUCUGGAGAAGAACGUGUUCGGGUACUUAUGGAUCCAAAGCCUCCCAAGAAAGGUCGAAUAGCUUAUGAUGAUUAUUAUGAUAGAAUGGUGAAUAAGAACAUGCAAGAGGUGGUAGUAGAUGCUGCGACUAUAGAGAUGGCUGCGCCGAUCAAGCAUCUUCGCUUGAUGACUGAAGAGGGGCCUAUGGUUAUUGCUCAACCCCAUAGUCGAAUGAGGCGGAACCGCUUGAUCCGAUCGCAGUCAGAUCGGCCGCAUGGAGCCAGAAAUCUGGAUUGGAUUAUUGACGCUGUUGCUAGGGUAAUUAUAUCAGUUUUUUGCGUUUUGCACCUGAAGAAUGAUUUAUUUUGGGGCAUUGACGUCGACUCUGCUAGCCCGCAUAAUCGACGGAAACCUGUGAUGCAUAAAUGUCAAUACUGUGGACGUGUUGAUAAAUAUCCAAGCAAAAUCCAAGCUCAUAUGAGAACGCACACCGGCGAGAAACCAUUCAAAUGCGAGAUUUGUGGCAUGACUUUUGCACAAAGAACUCCGAUGCGAUUGCAUGUUCGACGUCAUUUGGACCAAAAGCCGUUAGUUUUCCUAAAUUUAUGGCUGUAG